UCCUUUCUCUCUUUCUCCCUCUCAUUGAAUCGAAUGGGCGGCAUUUCCAGGGGGAGAUAAAGAUUGAGAAUCCCUUUCAUAUCCCUACUGCAAGUUGACCUGUCAAAUUGUCGGAACCAUUGUUUGUAUCACAAAAAUCGACAUUUCUAAUUCAUCAGCCAAUCAGUUCUCGAUCUUCAAAUCAAUCAUUGGAACGACAAUUUCAAGGAGGACCAGCUUCAAGAAAUUGAGAUCCUGUAGUUGAUGGUAGUUGGAAGUGUCUGCAGAAUCAUGGAGCAGACUAUGAAUGAGAAGGAGGAGCUCGUGAAAAAAUCACUCUUUAGCUUCGUAAGGAAGCAAGUGCCCACGGCGCAGUUAAGUUUAAUCGAUGACAUAGUUCUCUCCUACGUCGUGUCAAUGGUAGAAGAGAGUGCAUUAGAGGAGGAUUUGGACGUUGAAGGGCUCUGCGAGAUGGUCUCAGCCUGUCUCCCUGAAUUUUCAAAUAUCGAAAAAGAUGCUGUGUCCAAAUGGCUAUUGGAUGUGGAGAGUGAAUUAAGACAGAAUACAAAAGGUUCCAGCGAUUGCCAGACCCAUGAUCCACUCAGUCACCUGAGCUUGACAGCGCUAUUACCCCCAGAUUCACAGAGAAUGCAAGUUCAUCACGUUUGUGAAACCAGUGAUGCUGGAAGUGAUUCCAGUGGAGAAUAUUUCAGUGAGCAGGAAGCUUCUUGGCACGAGAUUUCUCUUCUCCAGGAGAUGUUUCCAGCUGCAAGUCCUUCUGAGAUACGUCAUUGCCUGGCAAUCGCUGAUCGUGAUAUUACAAAAGCUGCUCAACUUGCACUCCACAGACAAGAGGCUGGCCAAAGUAUUACCAGCAACCUCAGUUAUUUAACGCCCAACAGACGUGCAAAGGCCAGUGUCAACGAUGACGAGCUUAAAUCACGUAUAAUCGCCCGCUACAGCUACGUCGAUCGUGACGACGACUCUCGUGAACAUCGACCAGUGACCCCAAAGCGUGAGCCAAAAAAAUUAGUUCGCUAUUUGGAUAACAAGAUCGUAAGUGUCAAGGGGGAAAGAUACACCGAAAUAAGACGCGGUGGAGAGGAUGAGGAUGGUAACGAGGGUGGCAGAAAGCGAAAUCACUGCCGUCCGUAACCAGUAACCCUGCCUCCACCCCCUGAUCCACCCCCUUGGAGGCAUAUAUGAUUCUCAAUGUUUUUUUCUCCCGCGUGUAACGCAGGUUCUCUCGUUAAUAUUUUUUUCGUACUGCAAUCGAUGAAAUUGAUUUUUUCAAAUUUACGCUUUCCAAGAGAAAUUGUAAUUUGCUGAUUAACAUUUUUCAAUUUGCCCAUUCGAUGAGUUUUAUAUUUUUUAAAGUGGAAAAUAGUUUGAUUAGAAUUGUUUUCCGUGAAAACGAAAGGGGAAGACAAGAGAUAAGUUGUUCGAGCGUUCUAUUGGCCAGUCCAUUUCGGUGAAAAUCCUCUGAAUUUAUAUUAAUUCACAGCGGCUCUUGAAAAUUUCCAAUUGUUGUUAAUGGGAUUCAACCACAUGAUUUCGGUGGCGAAGGGGGAAAUCGAGAUCAGUAACUUUUGACUAUUGACCAGGUUUUUAUGAAUAUCUCCGAAUCUAAAGAAGAUAGCAAAAUUUACGACAGGAUCUUUUUGGUGGGGCAAAUUAAGUUCUAUAAGAAAUGUAAUGACAAAAAUUUCGCCAUCUUCCUUAGAUUCGGAAAUAUCGCUGAAAAUCCACUUUGAUUUACCACUUCGUUACUGAUUUCUGCACAGAAUUUCGUCGAAUACAGAGCCCAACUGUUGAAAUAAAUAUUCUACAGACGAUACCCUGGAAAGUAAUCAUUAUCAACACUCAGUGUGAAAAUACCCCUGGUCGCUGAAAUCAAGAAAAAAAAAUGAAGUGAUUACUGGGUAUCAGCAAUUCCAGACGAAGGUCAAGGAACAAUGAAAUAAUUUUUGCAACAUCUUGUUUGAGAGGGUCAACAUAAAAGUGGACUGGUUAGUGCAGCUUUUGCUUUUCACAGCAUCACGAUAUUUCUUUAUUUUUUUUCUCACCACUUUUUGUCUUUCUAGUGACUGAUAUUGUGUAUAGACUUUUGUACGUUAUAGUUUUUUCUAGGAUUUUAUUUUGUUUUGUUUUCUUUUGCAAGUGUAAACCCCUCACAUUUUUGUGCACAUCAGUCUGCUCUAUACCAUUUUAGUAUUCUCAUGGACUCUCAUUCAUCAGUAUAUUAAAUGAUUAUUACAAUAUUUGUGAAUUUUUUAAGAAAACUUUUCUCUGUAAUAAUCGGAAAGUGAAAAUUUUAUCGGAUAGGGUUUAGCAGUGUGUCCAAUUUAGGUAAACUUACCAGACAUUUUCAGCAAGAUAUUGAAUCCAAUUUUUGUAAGGAUGUGUUCAAGCAUUGUCCACAAUAGUUUGUCGAUUUUCUCUAUUUUACAGGUAGUUAAUAAUCAAAAUAAUUAUUAAUUUGCUUCUAAUAUGGAAAAACUACUGACAGUGAAGGUCGUUUGACGAUAAUACAGCAUUAUCAUAUUGAUGGAGGCAACAUGCAAAUUUUUCCCUGCGAUAUCAUUUCUCGCAAAUCGAAUAUUAGUGGGAUCGUUCAUUGAUAUUCUCUAUAGCCGAUAGAAUAUAUUUGAUAAAAUGAUUCAUCUAAAAUGUACUCCCUUUAUUAUGUAAAGUAGCUCUACCCUCAGGUCGGUAUGUGACUGAUUCAAUAUGCAAUGGUUUUGAAAUACUUUCAGUUGUGAAAUUUUCCAACCCAUUGCAUAAGCAAAAUUCAAAAAAAUUUAUAUGUAAUCAGUAUUAUCUUCUCUAAAUUAAAUUUUGGAAAGUAUUGAUUUUUUUCAAACGUUUUUUCAAUUUUUGUACGUUCAAUGAUCAAAGAUUGAGAGAUUAAUCUUUAUCUACAAUGGAAAUGUUAUUUUUUUUCAUUUGUUAACUGUUUUUGCAACAGUUGAAAUGAUAAUUAAAUUCAGGAAAAAAAUAUCAUUGCACAUGUAAUCAAAUUAUAUGACAAUUGGGUGGAGUUUUCUAUCAUCUUUGAAUUUAUUUAAGGGUAGGGCUACGUCAAGAUGAACUUUUGUAUUAAGAUCGUGUCUCAGAUUUUUAAUGUAUUGGAUGUAUUGGCCUCUUUUGGUCAUGUGCCGAUUUCUUUAGCAUUUUUUAAAAAUUUAUUGAUCGUCUCAAUGCAAAAAAGUACAUCAGCAGCGAAGUUGUAAAUCGAGACAAGUCACUAUCGACUAGUUUUUGAUCAAUAUCGCGGAAUCUAUGUGAGAUAGCUAAAUUUUGAUUACGACCUUUUUUGUGGAGUCUGUUAAGUUAUGCAAUAAAUGUCAUUAUGAAAAUUCUUCUAUCUCUUAGAUUCGAAUCGAUUUAUCUCAUUUUACCACUGCGCUACUGUCGUUAGGUCUUUUGAUUGAUAAUUUUUCUGCUUUUAAAAUUUUGUGCAUUUCUUGAAAAUUGAUGAAAAAGACAAAAAAUGUCUAAGUCAUAAUACAACUUACAAUUAAUAAAUCUGCAAGCAAUGCAAAAUACAAAAACAAUGCAUUUUCGGACAUCAAUUUGAUCAAUAGUUUCGCAGAAAAAUAAACAUCAAAAUUGACUGAAAGGGGGCAGUUCGAUAAAUAUAUGCUUCAACAGGAGUAUAUAUGUAUCAUUAAUUUUUGUAAAUUACAAUGCCCAUUUCCACUACACCCUACCAUUCAAACCAAAUGUUCGAUUUCAGUGGUGCUGGUGUAAAACGAAAUAAUUCGACUCAUCUCUGAGCCGAGUUUUUGAUCAAUAUCUCCGAAUUGAAAAGAGAUAGCGCAUUUUUUGUAAUAACAUUUGUUGACGUACUCAAUUUGUUGCACAAAAAAGGUUAUAAUAAAAAAUUUUCUUUCUGUCUUGGAUUCCGAGAUAUUCAUCAAAAACUGAUCAAUAGUCAAAAGUGACUUAUUUUUUUUUACCAGGUCGCUACCGAUUUGAUUAUGCGCGAUUCAAGAAGAUCACAAAAUCUAUGAAGUUUGAAUGAAAAUUUUAUAUUUAUGUGAUUCCCCAUACUGAAAUUCUAUACGACGGCAAAUAUUGAAAAAAAAUUUUGCAUUUUUGCCGAGUUAUUCACAAACAAAUUGAACAGUUGAAACUUUGUAGUCCACAAUUCGGAUUUAAAAUUCCAUAAAAAACUUUUUUACCAGAUUUCCACCAUGUAACUUAGACAUAUUUGUUAUGUUUACUACUUCUACAGAUAAGAUCUCAUUACAAAAAUGCCCUUCUGUCAAAAAAUAACGGAAUCUGUCUAAUAGAUCAUUUAAUCUGGAAAAUGCUGUGUUUGUGUCGACACUGCAAAAUUAUUGCUUCAUUCACGCCAUAUUAUUUAACAGUAUUACUAUUGUUAUAACGGUUGGUUAUAAAACAAUCUUGACUGCUAUCGGGUAUAUUUAGAAUGUGAGGGAAGCGGAUGCAAAAAAAAAAUUAUUGCACUAUUGGAAAAUAAAAAUGGUAAAUUUAUCCGUUUUGUGAUAAACCACUAAUAAUUCCAGGUUUCUCAAGUUUUCCCAAACCUAAAGUGAGAAUUUUCUUGCAACUAUGCUUUACAAUUGUCACAAUUAAAAAAUGCCAAUUUUAUUUCAUUAAUUUUUAUCCAAUUUAUUGAAUCUCAAUUGAGUGAAUGUAUUAAUCUAAUCCGUUUUGUAUUUUAUUUUUUCUCAUGAAAAAUCCGAAGAAAAUCAUAUGAUAAAAUUGAAAAAAAAACAUUAGCAUUUGCCAGAUGUGUAGAAUUACUUCGAAAUCAUUAGAAGUCUUCACGUAGUGAGCAGUGAUAUUCUUUAGAAUUAAAAAAAAAAACAUGUAGAUGUUUCACAGUGGGCCGGUCCUUGCCGUAGACGUA